AAACAGUGUUGUAAUAUUGACAGAGUAGCUGCCUCACACAGAUAAAGGUUACCUGCUUCGGUGGUUCCUGAGUAAAAGACCAUUGCAUAUCCAGAGAUGAAUUCAAAUCAAGACGACAGCACAGGAGGAAAACCAUCACACCGUGACAUGAGAAGUAAAGGAUCUGGGUCCACAGUCAGACUUGGAUCCAGAAGUGUUCCAGUUUAUCCUCUGGUGACCGUGUGUUUAGGAGUACUGAACACGAUUCUGCUGCUAACGGCUGUUGUUAUUGGGAUUUACUGUGGCAAAGUCGAUAAGGAAUCAGCACCGGAGCAAAUGACAACAUCCACACUCCUCAUAGAGGUGAAGCAACUUCAGUUCAUUCAGAGUGGAGCUGUCCAGGUUCAGAAGGAGACCGAGGACAAACUAGAGAAAGCAGGCAGGAGCAUCGAGCAACUUCAACGGCAGAUAGAACGGAACAAGACCCUCGGUGAUGCCAUUCAGAGGCAGCUUGAGACACUACACGUGGAGCGGGCAACAACAAAAUCCUCAUCCUCUGAUAUCAGGCUAAACUGCGAACGAUGCCCCUCGGGGUGGAUUUGGUUGAACGAAUCAUGCUACUUCCAUUCUAAAUCAGAUGCCGGUCCCUUAAAGAGCUGGGCCAACAGCAGAGAGGACUGUAUCCGGCGUGGGGGUGAUCUUGCUGUGAUUGAAGACAGGGUGGAGCAGGUAAAGCUCGAUGAUUACCUACCAAAACUAGCAGGCAAUCGUGACUGGACGAAGGCGGGUCCGGGAAUUUGGAUUGGCUUUACUCUUCAAGCAGGGGACACUUGGAUGUGGGUGAAUAAUGCGACGCUGCUGGGUGAAGGGUUCUGGAUAGAUGGGGAGCCCAACCAAGAAGGACCACAUAAUAAGAGCUGUGGAGCAAUUAUGAACAUGGUUAACCUUGAGAAGUCGUGGUUUAGCGGACAUUGCCUAGCCAAAAAGGAAUGGUUAUGUGAAGUUGGACCAAUCAUGGAGAGUCCACAGAGAAGAACAAACCACCACGUAGGGGAACUUCUCAGCGGAGACUAUUCGAAAUUUGCAGCAGGGGGAUUCACUUGGCCCAACACUCGGCUGGUGAUACUGUGUCUGGCACUGCUGAAUGCUGUUCUGCUGAUAGUUGCUGUUGUGAUUGGGAUCAACUGUGCCAAAGUUAAAGAGAGCUCCUAUCAGGUCUCCCACUCAGCUGCAACACAGCUCAUCAGCGAGCUGAGCGAUCUCAGAAGCAACCAUAGCGACAUGCUGGAGGCCACAGAGGACGUCAAGGCGGAGUUAAGGAGUGCCUUCAAAAAUUAUGCACAACUACAGGUGACAACUGAGCAGCUGACGGCCGCCAAUAAGGAUUAUCGGAGACAUGUUGAGACCCUGCGACUGGAGAAGACGAGUCUGCAGUUUAAUCUGUCAGCAUUAGAGGGAACCUGUGGUAGAUGCCUCCCGAGCUGGACUUUUCGCAACUCCUCCUGCUACUAUUUUUCUUGCCUCCAAUCCACUACUGCUAAAAAGAACUGGCAUGAUAGCAGAGAGGACUGUAUUAGUCGGGGAGCCGACCUGGUUGUGAUUGACAACCAGAAGGAGCAGGAAUAUGUGACUAACUGCAUCAGAAGUUAUUACGGCCAGGGCGGCUGGGUGAGGGGAUCGUGGAUCGGCCUCACUGACAUAGUGACAGAGGGGACAUGGAUCUGGAUUAAUAAUGUCACUGAGGUGGAAAAACGGUACUGGAAGGAUGGAGAACCAAACAACCAUGGACCUGAGGGAGAGAAUUGUUGUUCUAUUGGUUACGCCUCCACGAAUCCCUGGAAAACCUGGGUUGAUGCAAAAUGCGAAGAACACAAGUUACACUGGAUUUGUGAAAUGCCAUCAGGCUAGAUUCUCUACACACCCCUGAUGUUCUGCUCAGAUAUAAAACACAAGCAAAUGUUUGAAACCAUCCCGAAUUAAACACCUUUAAGAUGUG